CGCCUUUCGGGCCGUAGCGGCCUCUUGCCGGAGACCUAGGAGCUGCUGCAUCUCCGCCGCCCACCCGCAAUGGGGCUGUCAGAAGCGCCUGGCCAGAGGGACACACAGGCACUGCUGUCCACAACACAAACAAUGGAGCUGAGGAGGCGAGACUACCAUGUUGAGCGGCCUCUGCUCAACCAAGAACAGCUGGAGGAGCUGGGGAACCGAGGCUCAGCAACUGGGACCUGGCAGUGGCGAAACUGGUUUCGUUGCUCCCGUGCUCAGGCCUACGCCCUUCUGCUCCAGUACCUCCCAGUUUUGGCCUGGCUACCCCAGUAUCCUGUGCGUGAGUGGCUUCUGGGUGACCUGUUGUCUGGCCUGAGUGUGGCCAUUAUGCAGCUACCACAGGGCUUGGCCUAUGCCCUCCUAGCCGGACUGCCCCCCGUGUUUGGCCUCUACAGUUCCUUCUACCCUGUCUUUAUCUAUUUCCUGUUUGGCACUUCCCGGCACAUCUCUGUGGGCACCUUUGCUGUCAUGUCUGUGAUGGUGGGCAGUGUGACAGAAUCGCUGGCCCCAGAUGAGGACUUCCUGCAGGCCUCGAAUUCUACGGUUGAUGUGGCAGCCAGAGAUGCUAGGCGGGUGCAGCUGGCCUCUGCACUCAGUGUCCUAGUGGGCCUCUUUCAGGUGGGGCUGGGCCUGGUCCACUUCGGCUUCGUGGUCACCUACUUGUCAGAGCCUCUGGUCCGUGGCUAUACCACAGCCGCAUCCGUGCAGGUCUUCAUCUCACAACUCAAGUAUGUGUUUGGCCUCCAUCUGAGCAGCCGCUCUGGGCCACUGUCCCUCAUCUAUACAGCACUGGAGGUCUGCUGGAAUCUGCCCAAGACUGUACUCAACACCUUGGUCACUGCAGUUGUGGCAGGGUUGGUGCUCGUGCUGGUGAAGCUAUUGAACGACAAGCUGCAGCAACAUCUGCCCAUGCCACUCCCCGGGGAGCUACUCACGCUCAUCGGGGCCACAGGCAUCUCCUACGGCAUAGGACUGAAUGAGAGUUUCGGGGUGGAUGUCGUGGGCAGAAUCCCUGCAGGGCUGGUGCCCCCAGUGGCCCCCAGCCCGCAGCUGUUUGCAAGUCUUGUGGGAAAUGCCUUCGCCAUCGCCGUGGUUGGUUUCGCCAUUGCCAUCUCGCUGGGGAAGAUCUUCGCCCUGAGGCAUGGCUACCGGGUGGACAGCAACCAGGAGCUGGUGGCGCUCGGCCUCAGUAACUUCAUUGGGGGCAUCUUCCAGUGCUUCCCUGUGAGCUGCUCUAUGUCUCGGAGCCUGGUACAGGAGAGCACCGGGGGCAACACACAGGUGGCUGGAGCCAUCUCCUCCCUCUUCAUCCUCGUUAUCAUCCUCAAACUUGGAGAACUCUUCCAAGACCUGCCCAAGGCAGUUCUGGCAGCCGUCAUCAUUGUGAACCUGAAGGGCAUGUUGAUGCAGUUCACUGACUUAUGCUCCCUCUGGAAGACAAAUCGAGUGGAUCUGCUCAUCUGGCUAGUGACUUUUGUGGCCACCAUCCUGCUGAACCUGGACCUUGGCCUGGCGGUUGCGGUAGCCUUCUCCAUGCUGCUUGUUGUGGUCCGCAUACAGCUGCCCCAUUACUCUGUCCUGGGGCAGGUGCCAGACACAGACAUUUACAGAGAUGUGGCAGAGUACUCAGAAGCCAGGGAGGUCCCGGGCGUGAAAAUCUUCCGCUCCUCAACCACCAUGUUCUUUGCCAACGCUGAGCUCUACGGUGACACGCUGAAGCAGAGGUGUGGUGUGGAUGUGGACCACCUCAUCUCCCAGAAGAAGAAGCUGCUCAGGCGGCAGGAGCUAAAGCUGAAACGACUGCAGAAGGACAACAAGCUCGUGAAAAAGCCAAGUGACCCAGUCACACAUAUACGUUCUUCUUCUCACAUCAAGGGCACUUCUAUUUCCAUCAGUGUAAACACUGGUAUCACAAACAUCGACAGCAACGAUGUGGAGGGCUCCAACAUCAAGGUGAGUGCAGAGAAUGAGCUAGAGGAUAUAGCAGCGGGAGAUCAAGAAGAUGCCAAGGCCCCAGCCAUGUCCUCACUGAAGGCCCUGGGUCUGCCUCAGCCAGAUUUCCACAGCCUCAUCCUGGACCUGGGCGCCCUCUCCUUUGUGGACACUGUGUGUCUCAAGAGCCUGAAGAAUAUUUUCCGUGACUUCCGGGAGAUCGAGGUGGAGGUAUACAUGGCUGCCUGCCACUCUCCUGUGGUCUCGCAGCUCGAGGCUGGGCAUUUCUUUGAUGCAUCUAUCACCAAGCAGCAUCUCUUUGCUUCAGUCCACGAUGCUGUCAUCUUUGCCCUCCAGCACCCACGGUCUGGCCCCAUCAGCCCUGCUUUGGUUACUAAACUCUGACCAUGCUGCCACCUUGCCGGAGAUUGCCCACCUCUGGAGGUUGUGACAGGGUACCUGUGAGAAUCCCCUUCCACUGGGCUACCUCCAGAUGUUACCCAGGAGUCACCUCCGUACACACACGCACAACACAACUCAGGGAUGGAGGUCCUGGGACUCUUAAGUUCAGUGAUGAGGCCCUGGCUGAGUUGGAGGAGGAUGCCUGUUUUUAUCCUCAGGAAUAAAGAUUUGUUUGCCUAA